AUGGCUCUUGGUGAUCGUCUCUCUGACCCUCAAACACAAACACGCAUCUCCAAACAACACCCCGUCGGCCUUUGGGCAGGUGACGUCGAUGCCGAUGGCGACGAAGACAGCGGUGACGGCUUCACCUUCCGCAUGAAGAUGUCUUCCGCCGAGCCAUGGCCGCUAUACACCGACCCGGUGAACAAGAAA